ACACCGACGUUAUAAGUUUUCCAAUUCAGCACUUGUUUAAUAGCUGUCUAACACCGAAGUUGUGAACAACAUAGAUUUGCAGCAAAUAAAAUAUAUAUAAUAUUUGAGAUUUUUAGGAUUAGACAAAAAGGAGAUUUAACCUUACAGAAUGAGUACCGAGACACCACCACCACCACCACCACUGAGUGUGCGGUAUGAACAGGAGAAAGAAAAAGAAGACAGCGCCUUAGAUGACAUGGCCAAGUUCCUGAAGAAUCGAAUUUUGAAAGGUGGUACACCUGCUGAUACUAGUCUUCGCAAUGUGGGAAGAUUAAUAAAAAAAAGUGUAAAUAUUGACCAGGAGAAUCCAUAUAGAAAGGCUCCAUAUAGUUCAGAAAGUACAGAGGAAGUAGGGACGCCAUUAGAUCAAUUCAUAUUUUCAGUUCUAUUUGAAACGUCUAAGAAAGCAGAAGACGCUUUGAAGAAAUGCAAUGAUAAGAUAGGCGCAGCCUUGAUUGCGAGUUCUCUUCUAAAGACAGUUUCCAAACUCACAAAAAGGGAGGCGGAAUUCGACUUGUCGGCGAACAUAAUGACAAACUCCAGAAAUUACGAAAUGAAGGCUUGCGACUAUUUGGCAGAUUAUUUUAACAAAGAUCGAGAACAUGCUUACAGCAUGCUCACUCAAAAGCUUGAAAAACCAUUAAGUUCAAUCAAUGCGUGGGAAUUGGCAUACGCAACUCAUCUGAAGACGUUCAUGGGUCAAACUUGUUGUCAAACCAAACUCAAGAUAAUUUGGAGAGGUAGAAUGGCAACAUUUACGCCGUGGUGGCAGAUCGUGAUGGCCCUUUUUCUCCCUUUUCUGGUGACCACAAUCACGUUUACGGAUACAGCGAAUGGAGAUCGUGUAUACAAGUAUUCCUCAGUCAAAAUGUUUACGUGCAAAAGGAAAGGGGGAAGCGACAUUGGCUUUUUAGACGCUCUAAACAAAUUGUAUACAGCUCCCAUUUCUGUGUUUACGACCAAUACCAUUUCUUACCUGCUUUUCCUGUGGCUGUUUUCCUAUUUUGUACUAGUGGAAUUGGAAGCGCGCGUCACAACUAUAGAGUAUGUCCUGUGGGGCUGGUCGUUCACGAUGCUUUGCGAGGAACUUAGACAGUUGGUCACCAGUCAAGGGAGAACACCCCUGAAGAAAAUUUGGUGUUGGUAUGUUUCUAACUGGAACAAAUACGACCUGGCAACUUUCCUGGUCGGUAUGGCUUCGGUAGUUAUGCGCUUAACGGUAAAGGAGGAGGAUGGAUUAUUCGACUAUGUUAGAUAUUUAUACAGGCAAGCACCUUGCACAAAUUUAUUUAUUAGGAAUCUUUGUGGCUUGAAUAUUGGUUUAUUAAUGCUUUAG